CAGAGUUGAAUUCAUAUACAAUGAACACUACAUUCAUUUCAGCCCCUCAUAUAUAGUACACAUACUUUAUGUGCAAACCAUGUGUUAAUGAUUGGCAUAUAUAGUGAACGCAUGCGUGCAUUAGAGCACACAUUAAUGUUUGGCUCAAGUCUUCAGUCUAUCAUCUUUUGAGUUGAAAUUAAGCGACCAUUUGAUCACUCGUUGGACUCAUUCCUCACCGACAAAGACAUUACCACUCAUACAGACAAUAGACACUAAUCGGCGACAGCGAUGGCCCACACGAUAGUAUUGGUACAGACGGGCAAACCCGACACCAGGACUUACAGCGACUUCGAGUCCGUCAACGAUGCCAUGGAAGGCGUUUGUCACAUCUAUGAACAGCACCUGAAGCGGACCAAUCCGGACACGCCGUCCAUCACUUACGACAUCUCACAGCUCUUCGACUUCAUCGACCAGUUGACUGAUUUGAGUUGUUUAGUAUAUCAGCGCAACACCAAUACGUACGCGCCGUACGCCAAGGAGUGGAUCAAA